AUGAUAGCAGAGCCAUUCUCACAGAUAAUCGAUAUUAAAAUUACUAUAAUCUUUUUUCUUACAUUCUCUCUACUUUUCUAUUCCCUCACUCUCCUCUCUCUCUCUCUCUCUCUCUCACACUCUUACUCUCUCUCUCUCUCUCUCUCUCUCUCCUCUUACUCUCCUCUCUCUCUCUCACUCAUCUCGCGCUCUCUCUCUCUCCUCCUCUCUCUCCCUCACUCUUACUCUCCUCUCUCUCUCUCACUCUCUCUCUCCCUCUUACUCUCCUCUCUCACCUCUCUCUCUCACACUCCUCUCUCUCUCACACUUACUCUCCUCUCUCGCACUCUCUCUCUCUCCUCUCUCCUCUCCUCUCUCCUCUCCUCUCUCUCUCUCUCUCUCUUAGUCUCCUCUCUCUCUCCUCUCCUCUCUCCUCUCUCUCCUCUUAGUCUCCUCUCUCUCUCCUCUCCUCUCUCUCUCUCUCUCUCUCUCUCCUCUUCUCUCCUCUCUCUCCUCUCUCUCUCUCUCCUCUCUCUCCUCUUACUCUCCUCUCUCCCUCUCUCUCCUCUCUCCUCUCUCUCCUCUUACUCUCCUCUCUCUCCUCUCUCUCCUCUCUCUCCUCUCUCCUCUCUCUCUCUCUCCUCUUACUCUCCUCUCUCUCCUCUCCUCUCCUCUCUCUCCUCUCCUCUAUCCUCUCUCUCCUCUUACUCUACUCUCUCUCUCUCACUCUUACUCUCCUCUCGCUCUCUCUCUCACACUCCUCUCUCUCUCACUCUUACUCUCCUCUCUCGCUCUCUCUAUCACACACUCUCCUCUCUCUCUCUCACUCUUACUCUUCUCUCUCUCUCUCUCUUUCUUACUCUUACUCUCCUCACUCUUACUCUCCUCUCUCUCUCUCUCCUCUCUCUUUCUCACUCUUACUCUCCUCUCUCGCUCUCUCUCUCGAUCACCUUCACGAUCUAUCGUCUUUCUUUCCUUUUCUCUUCAACUCUCUCUUUCUUACCUAUCGCUCCCUCUGUCUCUCUAUUUCGCUCUCUCUUUAUUAUCUCUCACUUUUACAUCAUAUUUUAUCAGUUCCCAGGCAGACUGUCUCUCUCUCUCUCUCUCUCUCUCUCGCUCGCUCGCAACCCUCCCUUGCACGAAUAA